ACAUAUUUGUUCCGUGUAAAUACUAUCUGUUCAAAGGAAUGAAACGUUCGUUUCCUUUUCAUAUUAAUGGUGACGGUUGGCAACCCUGCAAAUGAACAAGAAGUUAUUGCUGUGUACAGAAAAAAUUGGUAACUCAAUAAUCAGACUGUAUACAGAUAAUUUAGCGCAUGCGCGUAAAUAAAUGCUUUUUAGUCCUUUGUACACUUAACGUUUACAAUUGACUGUGUAAUAGUUAAAAAAGGACUUAUUCGUAGCAUUAAAAAAUAUAAAAAUUUAAUUUAAAUGCUGGACAACAAAUUAAUACAUAUCGUAAACAUAGUGCAAUAUUAGUAAACACAAUUAAACUGAUUGUGUAGCUCAUAACACAUAUAAACAUUGUGAAAAGAAAGACAUCUCUGACCAAUUGAAACGCCACUUUGAAAGCACUGAUAAAUUCAAUAUAAUUUUAUAACAAGUUAGUUAAAGUGAAAAUCAACCUUUUCCAUGGGGUGUUUAAGUAGUAAAGAUCGUUUGACAAAAGAGGAUAUGGAGUUUUUGAAAACUCACACUCGAUAUGAUGAAGCCACCAUAAAAGAAUGGUACAAAGGAUUUAAGCAAGAUUGCCCUAAUGGACGUCUGACACCUGCAAAGUUUGUUGAUAUGUAUAAAAUGUUUUUCCCAUCUGGCAAUGCAGAAGAGUUCUGCGACCAUGUCUUUCGAACCUUCGAUAUGGAUAAGAAUGGAUAUAUUGACUUUAAGGAAUUUUUGCUCGCGAUAGAUGUUACUUCAAGCGGUACACCAGAAGAAAAACUAAAAUGGGCCUUUAGAAUGUACGAUGUCGAUGGCAAUGGCGUCAUUGACAUACAGGAAAUGACAAAAAUCGUUCAGGCAAUCUAUGACAUGUUAGGCGCAUGCUCAUCAAAUCGUCCCGCUGACUCUGCGGAAGAACGAGCAAAAAAUAUUUUUGCCAAGAUGGAUGAGAAUAACGAUGGUCAAUUAACUCAAGAUGAAUUUUUAAAAGGAUGUUUGCAGGAUGAGGAGUUGUCAAAAAUGCUGGCACCUUAAAUAUUUAUAUCCCAUAAUAU